ACCCCUCCAUGACGCAGCUACACGGGGCCGCCCCAAGUGUGCGAAAAUACUGCUGCAGUACGGGGCUGAUGCCGGUCUCAGGAACAAGGAUGGUCGAACGGCGGAGGACAUUGCUGCAGAUGAGUACACCAGUAAAGCUUAUCUGGGCAACGAAGAUGAUGAAGAACUAAUCACUCGUGGUAGAAAGGAAAUACUGAAGCUUCUCCGACAACAGGAUAAUGAAGUCUCCACAGGUAAGAAAGGCUACGAUCCUGUACUCGUCCGGUUCUAUGAAGAAAGCGGAAUGACCGAGGUGAAGAAGGAUUGUCCGUUGAUAGAAGAAGCAGCUAAGCAGAGCGGAAAAACUGUAGACCAAGUGAAGAACUUCAUCGGCAACUAUCGUAGGAGUAAAGGAGGCAGUAAGCGGAGCCUCCCCACAGACGACAUGGGGGCUGAGAACAUCACGGGACAUCGUGAAGACUUAGGGAUGUCGGCAAAAGAAGGAGACAGCAGUGUUCCACUUGAAAUACAGCUGCGGGGUCCUGGAAUGCAGCAGCUGUACUCCCAGGCCUGCCGCCAGGGGGCGCGACCGGUGCACAGCGUGCGCGGGCUCGUGGUUGGUCAGUUCAGAUCCGGGAAGACGUGUGUCGUCAGGAGGCUGACGGGAGAGAAGGCUGUGGAGAAUGAACCGAUAACAGACGGCAUCGAGAUUUCACCCAGCGUGAUGACCAAGAACUGGCAGAAGGCAAAAGAGGAGCCAGACGAAUUCAAGGAAACCAUGGCAGAACGCCUGGCAGAACAACAAGAACGGGACAAACCACGCACCCGGACAUCGUCAGGAGCCCAAGGAGCAGUCAGGACAAAGUCUACAGACAAAUCUUCCGUUGCAGGGAAAGAAGAACGUGUGGUUACGACUACGUCACGACAAACACAAGACAUGCCGGAUGAUGUCAAAACAAAAGCUCAACAGCGACUUCAGAGUGACGCGACGGUUCGGCAGCAAACACAAGACAUACCGGAUGAUGUCAUAACAAAAGCCAAAGAGCGACUCCAAAGUGGCGUGACCGAGGAGCAGCUUGGGACAGCUGAACACCCGCGUCUCUCCCUCUGGGACUUCGGCGGCCAGGCCACGUACUACGGCUCGCACCAGUGCUUCUUCACGUACCGCGGGAUCUACAUCCUGGUCAUGUCACUGCUGCAGAAGCUGUCCGACCCAGUUCCUGAUCUGGACUACAAGGCGGCAGCGGACAAUCUCGUAACCGGGAGAGACUACUUGGACCAUUGGCUGAACUCAGUCCGCACACACACCCUGGUGCACGGGCGGGAGCAGACAGGAGAGCCGCGUGUCGUUUUGGUCCUCACGCACAAGGACAGGGUCAGCGAGUCGGACAUUGAGGAGUACAAGAAAGACAUACUUGAUCACAUCUGCGGUAAGGCAGCCGGUAAACACGUCUUACCAAAGAUAUUUGUCAUCGACAACUUCAACGAGGACAACAGCGACAUUGACGAGCUCCGAGAAUACCUCCGUGAGGUGGCGAAGGGUCUGUGGUUCAUGGGCCAGGAGGUGCCGAUGACAUGGCUUCAUCUGAAGUCCAAACUGAUGGACAAGAGGAGAGAGGACGACCCAUUCUGCCGUUUCCAAGAUGUCGUCGAUCUGGCCCCCCGGAGUGAUGACGUGGGCAUCACGGACGACAGCCAUGUUGCCGACAUUUUGACCUUUCUACAUGACCUUGGUGACAUCAUCUUCAUCAACGAACCCGUUCUCCGUGAUCACGUGGCCCUUCGACCCCAGGUGAUGAUUGACGUCUUCAAGACCAUCAUCACCGUCCCGGAGUACCAACAGGACAGGAACACGGAUGGGGAGGUUGCCGAGAUGUGGAGGAGGCUGGAGACGGAAGGCAUCCUCAGUGACAGGCUGUUGACAAUCAUCUGGACCAAAGCAGAUCAGAAGAUGCAGAAACCUUUUCUAAUGCGGCACAAGCCUUUCCUGAAGCGACUGAUGGAAAAGCAACAACAGGACAACGACUGCAUCCACCUCAUGUGUGUUCACAAGAACGACGACCCCGACGACUUUUUCCACGCUGAGAAUAUGUUGCCGCUCCCACCGUUUCAACAACGCAUCGUCAUGGGCAGGGAAGAAAGGAUAGACGCCAAGUUUGAUGAAGAAAAAGAGGUCAUUGGGGAUUCUAGUGAUCUUAGGGAGGGUAUCAUCUUCUUCUUCCCCCUCCCACCAGUCUGCAACAGGUCGUCCGUUGGACUGAUUCUGAACAACCCGAGCCAAAACAAAAAGAUGUACAAAGGGGCCGUCCAUUUCAGACGACUUUCUGAGUCCGGAGCACAGAUAACAGAUCUCAAGCACCGGAUCCCCUCAGCAACAGUGUUUUUCCACUCCGAAGAUGAGGGGAAGAAAAGUCGGGUUCAGCGGAAGGAAGGCAGUGUGGUCACCACGAUCAAGGCGUCCCAGAUACAACAUAAGAAAGGUGGGAAGAGGAAAGCCAAAACGCGGCAUGUCGGCGAGUCCAGCGACAGUGGCCCCCCGGUAAAGCGACCGAAGCAAGGAUCUGCAAGAAGGCCUUUGGUGCUGUUGCUCAAUGAUGAGUAUGGGACCAGAAAAGGUGGAAUAUCCACAGUCAACCGUCAGAUCGGGUGCUUUCUGGCUUCAAAAGGAGCAAAGGUCCUUUGCACAGUCCUGAAUGCCACACAACAAGACAAGGAUGACGCAGCUACAGAUGGAAUUCAGCUGGUUUUCCCAACACCGUUUGAACGUGAUCCGAGAGAGGCAGAGCUCUAUUGGCUGACCUUUGACCACCAGACUCGAUAUCCAGACCUUCCCUCGCACGUAGACUUCAUCGUCGGCCACGUACCCAUCACGAGCCACGCAGCAAGACGGAUGAAGGAACGCUUUCCUGGCGCAAAACUCGUCCAGGUCACCCACGUGAUGCCAGAAGACACCAGUCAGUACAAGGGUGACGACAGAGUGUUAAACAUUGGACAGGAGAGCAACAACAUUCUGGAUGACCUACGACAUGCUGAUGUUAUGUUCUCGGUUGGUCCAUUGAUAUAUGACUACUACAGGCAUCAGACGAAUCAGCUAACACUACAACAUCAUGAACUCUUGCCAAAGCCGUCUGACAUCUUCAUCGAUAUGAAACUGAAGCCACCCGCCGACACGGAAACGAAAGUGGUGCUGUCCAUUGGCAGGGUCAAGGGUGUGGAGAGGCUGAAAGGCGUUGAUCUGGCUGCGACGACCAUGGGAAAGGUGAUCAACAUACUACCCCACACGAAGUGGCGGCUUCGCGGCAUCAGACGUGAUGAUUUUCAAGCAAGCAGGAGCAUUAUCGAAGCCAACACGGGUAGAUUCCAGUUCGUACCCUUCACACCUCUGGAAUACGGUACACAGGAGGAGCUGUGCGAGGACAUGAGAAAGGCCGAUGUCGUUCUGAUGCCGUCUCGUGCAGAGCCAUUCGGACUGGUUGGUCUGGAGGCCAUUGCCGCAGGGGUGCCAGUCGUGAUUUCCAACAAAUCUGGUCUUGCAAAGUUCCUGACAAAACAGGAUCCCGAAUUUGACCGCACGAUCGUAGAGAUCGACGAUGACGAUGAGGAAGCCGCCAAAACGCUGUCCAAGCGCAUCAUUAAGAUCCUGAAGGAUGGACCCAGAGAGUUCAAGGCCGCACAAAGUUUGAAGAAGAAGCUUCUGGACUCAGAGUAUUGGGCUGAAUCACACAACAAGCUCCUCCAAACCUUUGGCCUGGAGGGCUGAACGUUUAACCACUGGCAAAUGGCACUUGACAGUUCCACGUAAUAUGGCUUCAGAACCCACCGUGCACACGCAUCUGGAUCAACCAUUUGUCAGUCAGGUUGUAUACACCAGUAAACAGGUGUAUAUGUAUAACUAUUCCAUAAGUCAUCAAUUCUGCAAACCAAUGGAUAUGUGGGUAAAGCAUCAAGUGUCCAUAUCGACCUGGUAACGGGACUUUCUCAGAUGGCAGUACUCUGCCGGUGCUCAUUCUGAGCUGUUGUUAACAUGAGAACAAUCAACAUUCCAUAUAAGCUUGUACACAGUGGAUCCCUACAAUCUCUUGUACUUUUUUAUUGCUAUGCAACAUUAGAUUUCAUACUAGGAUUUGAUACUACAGAUUUUCCAAUUAGUUGAAGUUGACAUGCUUUAGAUGCUUUGUAUUUGAUUCUAUUGUACAUACAAUUUUAUAUACAGUAUUCUAGCAAGUGUAAGUUUAAAUGAUGUUUGAAGACGACGCAGACACUCCUGUUUAGAUUGUGUUUUAGAGCUGUCAGGACUUGAUAAACAGAUGUUAGAG